AACAAUGGCCGCCCCCGUGGUUACGUGCACAUGCAGAAUCUGCUCGAAGGCUCGCGUAACACUCGAGAGAAUCUUCAACGUGCUAGACACGUACGGCUGGUUGUUAGACUCAUAUGUCGUGGAUUUCUUCCAAGAGCAACUGUGGGAGAGACUGCCGAGCAGCUGGAGGACCGAUCUGCAAACCGUGUCGCCCGACGAGUUCGGCAAGUGGUUAGCUGGCGACAUCUCGUGCUCACGCGUUUGGCCAUUGUCGCUGCUCGCACUUCGACAGGUUGCAAGGGAUUUGCAGCUAAAGCGAGAUCAUCAAAAUGACGAGGGCGCCUGGCGAUGCGACGGAGGUGGAAAGUCCGAGAGUAAUUCGGAGAAUUUCGUUCUGGAAAAUAAAAAUGUGGGAUUACGCGAUUCCCCGAACAAGAAGCACAACAAUCUCUUUUUGAAGCACGUUAAAAUAAAAAAACGACACGAGAUACAGCAGAUAGCGCGGAGGUUUUAUAUUUUUUUUACACAGAUAUGCGCGGACUGCGCGCAAGAGUCCAGUGCCAAGUGCAUUGUAGACGUUGGAGCGGGCGUGGGUCAUUUAGCCCGAUCCCUAGCGUUUAAAUACGGCCUGCACGUAACGUGCAUUGAACAGGACGCAUUACUGUCGCAGCAAGCCAGAAAGUGGGAUAAUGAAUUGUUGGUGUCCCUAUCCAAACGUUUGCCUGACUUGCAAGUAGAUAUGCCACGGCACGUGUCGAUCAAACUGGAAAGUACCAAUUCUGAUCUGUCAGGGACGAUCACGGAAGAUAUAGGAAGGAUUUUCUCCGACAACUUCAAUUUAAACGGGCAGAAAUCUGGAUUCGGCAUUGCGGGACUGCAUCCGUGUGGAGAUCUCGCAGCCACGUUACUGAGACUUUACACGUCUCGUUGCGACGCGAGAUUUAUUUGCAUCGUGGGAUGCUGUUACAUGAAGCUGACAUUAGAAAAUUCAGCGGAUGUUUCGAAUGGGUAUCCACUCAGUAAAUAUCUAUCGUCGUUUGCGAAACACAAAUUGUCCUACACAGCGUUAGAAGUGGCGUGCCAUGCUAUCGAGAGUUACUGCGACAAGCUGAAGACUGGAAAUUAUGAGGAUUUGAUAGUGCACGCUUAUAGAGCUGCUUUGGAAACCAUUUUAAUAAAACGAAACAGCCAGUUACGUCACAGUCAAGUGAGGAAUGUUAAAGUGACGAGAUCUGUUACGUUUGAACAAUACUGCACGGCAGCAACCGCAGGCUUUGAGCCGAAUCUCCGGCCUGAAGAUUCAGAUCUCCAGAAUCCGCAAAUAAAAUCCUAUCUGAAUCAGUGGCGGCAGAUUGUGAUAUUCGGAGCAUUGCGUACAAUGUUGGCACCAUUAGUGGAAACUGUGGUGUUGUUGGACAGAUUUUUGUAUUUAUCCGAAGGGAAUUUAUCUCCCAUAUUGAAGCCUGUUUUCGACCCCAGACUGUCUCCUCGAAAUUUUUUAUUGUCUUCAAUGAAAAAUGCCGAAUAAUCGCCUUUUGAUUAUGUUCAAUUUUUUUUGUACCUCUUACGGGAAUAAAAUUUGAAAAAAAA